AUGGACACGAUACACUGUUUUUGCGAUCAGGAUCAAUGCAAUACGAGGCACAAGGUACAAAGAAAUGUUUUUUAUGAAAAAAAUGGAGAAGGGAUUUCAUUAAAUGAAAAUUGAUUACAUAGCCGCUCAGCUCAUUAAAACCACUCUUGUUUUUUUUCCAAGUUAAUUUUAGAACAUUGAAAGUGUGUCGAACUUUCGAGCGAAAGGGUCCAAACUAAUUGAAUUUGCAGUUGGGCAGCUACAUUCCGACGCGCCUUCCGUCCGUUGAAUGCUGUCAUUGCACUUCCCGUCAUGGUGAGGAUUGCGACUCGGGAUGUUCGACCAAAUGUCGUGGAAACUACUGUGUUGUGGAUUUUGACGGGAAGGAGCAGGUGUGGUUGUAGGAAUGAUAGUAAGGAAGGAUAAUGUUUGAUAAUCAGGGAUGUGGACUGGGGUAUCCGCGGCUACCAUCUUUCCUGCGUGUUGACGAUUAUCAAGAAUAUGAAGAAGAGUAUUUGUGCACAAGGUUUUCCGAAAGUCCCCAGCCAAAAGCACACAAGUAAUUUCUGGUUCAGAUAUGAAUCCAGCGCGUCGAACGUGAUGAAUGGUUGCGUGUGCACACACCCUUCUGGCCUCUGCAAUGAGUUUAACAAAACCUUCAAUUACCAGGUCCCGUGAAACCAAAACCAAAACCAAGGGUUUGUUUACAGAAAAAGCAUGUAAUCGAGAGGAAAGACAAUAAUCUUCACUAUUGCUAUGCACUGAUGCACAAAGCCUACAAACCCUUCGGACAAGAAGUGUUCAAGAAAUCGUCAACCUGUGAAGGACACUAUUGUUUCAUUUCUUUGACAACAUCUGAGAUUGUAUUGGAGAGCGCGGAUUUCAAGCACAACUAUGAAGAUCAUGAUGAGUUCAUUGGAGCUGCUAGACCACGAUUCGAGUUGCAAGCCGGAUGCAUCAAAGUGAACGGAGACGAUGUAAGAAUCAGAUUUCGCAAUACGGCUAGGGUCAACUAAACAUUUUCAGAAAGUCCGUGUUGGAUGCACAGUCGAAACUCAAGGAAACAACUCGGAGAUUGUUGCAAAACAUUGCAUUUGUGAUAGUCAUUUAUGCAACUUCCAUCAUUUGGUCAAGGGGACAGAUGACCCACGCCCGAAAGCGGCUACUCUCGGCACCAAACAGGUUAGUCCCUAA